CCUGCUUCCCCCGGGGAAAGUUCGCCGAGGAGCCGCACGCCGCGGAUGGGAGGGGUGGAGGGGGGCGUCUCUCGCCCACCUUCCCCGUUGGGGGGGAAGGGACUGGACCAGCCUGAUCAUGAGAUUCGCCAAACAGCCCCCAAACGAGGAUUCUUAAGACGCUCCCCCAUCCCCUCCCCCCAGACCGGGGCUGCGGAGGGAAGCCCCCAGACGCACACUCCGAGCCCCGGCUGUGCUGCAGACACUGAAGAUGGAGAGCGACGUGGGGAAAUCUGUGGACGACCAAAUGGAUAAGUACAUAGUUACAAUCAUGGGGAAGUCGGAAAGCCAAAUGGAUAUCGUGGAGAAAUCGACCAAAUCCGGGAAGAAAUCCUGGAGCUUCGUGACCGUCGGUCUGUCCGUCCUGCUGCUGCUCAUGGCCUGCGCCGUGGUGGCCCUGGUGGUCCUGUAUGCCAGCCAUCGAGGGAGGGCCCUCAGUGAUCCUUUGCCUACCCGAAAGCAGCCACGCACAGCGAGACUGAAAGUAUCCCAUGGACAAACACAGGCACAAAGCACCCAAACGUUCAAGAACAACCCCGCGAGAUUUGGGAAGCAGGCCAAACGUGAUAUGCACUACGGCACCAAUUCCGGCAGCAUUUGCACGACUCCUGGAUGUGUCACAGCAGCUGCUAGAAUACUUCAGAACAUGGAUCCGACGACCGAGCCAUGCACGGACUUCUAUCAGUACGCCUGCGGGGGCUGGCUGAACCGGCAUGUCAUCCCAGAAACCAGCUCCAGAUACAGCAUUUUUGACAUCCUGAGAGAUGAACUGGAAAUCAUCCUGAAAGGUGUGCUGGAGGCUCCGGAGCACAGCGAUCGAGAAGCCUUUCGGAAAGCUAAAAUGCUUUACACUUCCUGCAUGAAUGAGAGCUUCAUAGAGCAGCGAGAUUCACUGCCCCUGUUAGAGGUUUUAGCUGUGGUUGGAGAUUGGCCGGUGGCUUCCGCCGAUUGGAAUAUCACCAGAGGGCCACACUGGCACAUGGAAGAGAAACUCGCCACCCUGAACUCCAGAUUUAACAAGCGUGUCUUAAUUGACAUGUUUGUAUGGAACGACGACCGGGAUUCCAGCAGACAUAUAAUUUAUAUUGACCAGCCUACUUUGGGAAUGCCAUCCAGAGAUUACUACUUUAAUGGUGGCAAUUACCAAAGAGUGCGGGAUGCCUACCUGCAGUUCAUGAUCACCAUAGCCAAAAUGAUCCGAGAAGACAGGAAUAUGUCAAAAGAUGACACUUUUGUCCAAGAGGAAAUGGCGAAGGUUUUGAAGCUUGAAACUGAGAUUGCAAACGCUAACGCUUCUGCCGACGAAAAGACCAAAAUGACCCUAAGAGAGCUACAGGAAAAGUUUGCCAUGAAUGAGUUUAACUGGACUCUCUUCAUCCAAGGCAUCAUGUCUUCAGUGCACAUUCAGAUCCCCCUGGACGAGGAGGUGGUGGUGUACGGCUUGCCCUACCUGCAGGAGCUCAAGGCGAUUAUCUCCAGCUACUCGGCAAGCACCAUCCAGAACUACUUAGUCUGGCGCCUGGUGAUUGACAGGGUCAGCAGCUUGAGUCGGCGCUUCAAGGACGCCCGAGCCGACUACCGAAAGGCACUUUAUGGGACAACCCUGGAAGAGGCCCGUUGGCGGGAAUGCGUGAGUUACGUCAACAACAACAUGGAGAACGCGGUGGGAGCGCUGUAUGUUAGGGAGACAUUUGCUGGUGAGAGCAAGAGGAUGGUCCGAGAUUUAAUAAACAAAAUCCGGGAAGUGUUCAUCGAAACACUAGAUGAAUUACAGUGGAUGGAUGAAACAUCAAAACAGAAAGCUCGUGAGAAGGCAAUGGCAAUUAAAGAACAAAUUGGCUACCCAGACUAUAUUUUGGAGGAUCAGAAUGAAAAACUGGAUCAGGAAUAUGCAAAUUUGAACUUCAGUGAGCACAAGUAUUUUGAAAACAUCCUGGAAAACCUGAGAGCAGGAGCUCAGAAAAGCUUGAAAAAACUUCGAGAGAGAGUUGACCAAGAGAUAUGGAUAAUUGGUGCUGCAGUGGUCAACGCAUUCUAUUCCCCGAACCGAAAUCAGAUAGUGUUUCCUGCUGGAAUCCUACAGCCUCCCUUCUUUAGCAAACACCAGCCACAGGCACUGAACUUCGGCGGGAUCGGGAUGGUAAUUGGGCAUGAAAUUACUCAUGGUUUUGAUGACAAUGGAAGAAAUUUUGACAAAGACGGCAAUAUGUUUGAUUGGUGGAGCAAUUUCUCCGCCAUGCAUUUCAAAGAGCAGUCCCGCUGCAUGGUGUAUCAGUAUGGAAACUACACUUGGGACCUGGCUGGAGGGCAGAACGUCAGCGGAAUAAGCACCCUGGGAGAGAAUAUUGCAGACAAUGGAGGAGUCCGACAGGCUUACAAGGCCUAUUUAAAAUGGCUGGAACAUGACGGGAAGGAGCCAAUGUUACCCGGACUCGACCUGACUCACAAGCAACUUUUCUUUCUCAACUUUGCCCAGGUGUGGUGCGGUUCCUACAGACCUGAAUACGCCAGUCAGUCUAUAAAGACAGAUGUUCACAGCCCUCUGAAAUACAGGGUGAUGGGAUCUUUGCAAAACUUUGAAGCCUUCUCAGAGGCAUUCCACUGUAAGAAGGGCACAUCCAUGCACCCUGCAGAGAAGUGCAGAGUGUGGUAGCCAAAGCGAACAACGAUGCUGAAGAUAUUACUUAGACGGCACCGUCUACAAACUGAACUCGUGUGGCUACUUGCUGAACAGUUCUAGCCAAUGAUGUGCCUGAUGUUUUCCUGUUCAGUGCCAGCCACGGUGAAUGGUGCAGCUACUGUAGUUAGAAAUUAAAGAUGCUACAGCUGUCAGGCUUUUGUGGUUCGGCUGGAAUGUACGCAGGCACCUCGCAAUGUUGUCUGACAGGGCUGUGUUGAACGUGACAGCACACUUCACAAGAAAACGACUGUUUCCACUGACAUCCUGACUGUUAUUAAGAGAUCGCAUCAGGGUUACAAAGACUAGCAAUUUAAAAAGAAAAAGCAGAUCUAUUUUUCAGCAAGGAAUAUUAAUUUUAAUAUGUCUUACCACACGCUCAUCCCUGCGCGAGUCAGUAAAUCUGUCUUGACUUUUCACCACAUUAAUUAUUUUCCAGUAUUCUAAUUCUGCUUCUAGUGCACGUCCCCCCAGAUCCAGGGGAGAGCUAGUUCAAUAUGUGUGCUGUCCAUGUGCCACUGUCUGCUUGCACUUCAAUGCCUGCUUUAUUGUAAGAGAUCGUAAUUUGUCUUGAUAUUUUGCAGGGUGAGCUGUAUGUUAAAAUACUUGCUGGCUGCUGACUUAAAAGCAAAGCUGAGCCACGUUUCUGCACUUGUUUUGCUCGCCUGGGCACGUCUGAGCUGAUCUCAACACAAUGAGAUCUAGAGGGACUUUUAAAAGAGGAGAUGCGUUAGCAUCGCCAGGUUCACAAUUUUCUUCCCUUCAGAAGUAUAUUUGAGAGGACGCGCACUCUUCCAGUAAGAGUAAAUCUUUAGAAUAUUUUUAGUGGCAAAAGCUUGUCGCUUGCUGUAAACAGCAAAACAGUUACACAGGGACACUACUAUUUUUAAUCCUGGGCCUCUUUAUUUUGCUCUAGUCUGCUUUUAAAGAUUGGAUGUUAUUACACUUUUAAAAAUGCACAAGUCUUGUUCAUUUUUAUAUAAAUAAAAGUUGUAUUGCAGCAAACGGCUCAGGCAUUGAUCUGUAGAAACAGGUCUGAGUUGCUUUCUCUGAUGAAUGUGAAAAUGUCAGAGUAACCACAACCUGAAAUGGGCAGCCCUUUACCUCGGACUUAAGAACGGCCAUCUUGGAUCAGACCCAAGGCCCAUCUAGCCCAGUAUCCUGUCUGCCGACAGUGGCCACUACCAGGUGCCCAAGAGGGAGGGAACACAAUAGGAAAUCAUCAUGUGAUC